CGGCGACCACUCCGGCGCCGCCCCGGGGCCGCCCCGCCACUGUCCCGGCUCCCGCCCGGCAAACCGGCAGGCCUCGAGCCCGGGCAUAAGGACCUAGCGGCACCCCGCUGACCCUCACCCAGCUAUCCAAUCAGCACCUCCGGCGGGCCAGACUGACAGCUUUCUCCUCCAGUCAGCAACGGCCGCCGCGCUAGCCAAUCGGGAGGCAGCGGCGAGGCCGGCGCCGAGGUUCCCGCCCACCCUCCUCGCGAGACGCGGGCGGGAAGGGGGCGGGGCGGGCGGAAGGGCAGGUCACGUGGGGUGCGCUCCGCCUAUCAGCGCGGCGAGGCGCGGGGUCGCCCCGGCUCCCGCCAAAUACGAGCGGGAGCCCCCGGGGCGGGACCGGGACUGGGCCGUGACGAGUCUCGUUGGCCGCCGCUGCCGGGUGAGCGGCUGGAGCCGCGGCGGCUGCCGUGGCAGCCAUGGAGUGCAGAGACAAGGCGGCUGCUCCUCCGCGGAGGCUCGUCCAAGCUCGGUUGCCGUUCAAACGAUUGAAUCCUGUACCAAAGGAGAAAUACGAUGCAGAUUCAGAAAUAAAGAAAGUAAAGAGCUCACAAGGUGGUUUUGGCCCAAGUAAGGAUUCCUCCCUCGAUGCAUCUCAUGCAUCCCUGGACAACAUGGAGAAUGACUGUCAGUUGGAUUCAGAUGUGAGUUUUUCUCCAAAACUUGUCAAUGAAAAGGGUCCUUUAGACCAUUUUAUACAGAAAAACACAAAAGAUAACACAAAUGAAACUGUAAUUGUUAUUGACCUGACAGAGGGCUCUACCCACAGACUAAGAGAUGAUGUAGACCACGUUGAUUCAAAAGCAUCUUCAUGCCCACCUAUAACUAAUGGUGCAUUAGGAAAAGAAAGAAACCAGUUGAGUUGCCUGAAUUCCACUCAGAGCAGCCAGCUGGAUGAUUCGAUGGAGACUGAUACGCGGUGCGAAGCUGUAGCGAACAAAAAUGAAGAUUUGGUUGAUGGGAUCCCGCCGCGUUCUGGAUUAACAGAGCGUAACGAUGUGGAAAACGCAAAGGGAAACCAGAGUGAACUGAAGGACGUCAUCUUCGAGGGGAAGAUGCCCGUGGUGCUCCUGGAGGAUAUUAUGACGGCAAAAUCUCCCCAGGUUGCUUCUCUGGAUGGGAGCGUCGUGUCGGAAAAUGAGACCAUGGAAUCGUCUCACGAAGGAGACUCCGGACUUACCAAUUCCUCGCUAAGCUCUCGCUCUGUGAGCUCACCCGAGGUGCAGCCCGCUGCAGAAACAAAGAGAAACACGAGUCCUUUAGCUGCCUCGACGCCUGUUAGGAAGGUAUCCCAGAAAUGCCCCAAAAGCUCGGCGGAGAAGGAGAAGCUGCGAUUGCAAAGAGACCAGGAACGCGCGGACAAGCUGCAGAAGCUGCAAGCGGAAAGGGAGGAGAAGGGGAGGCUGAAAGAAGAAGCGAAAGCGGCGAAGGAGCGAGCCAAGGAGGAGGCCAAGAAGAAGAAGGAAGAAGAGAAAGAGCUGAAAGAGAAAGAAAGGAGAGAAAAGAAAGAGAAAGAAGAAAAGGAGAAAGCCGAGAAGCUGCGGGUGAAGGAGGAGAAGCGGAAGGAGCGGCAGGAAGCAUUGGAGGCAAAACUUGAGGAGAAGAGAAAGAAAGAAGAGGAGAAACGGUUAAGAGAGGAGGAAAAGCGCAUUAAUGCUCAGAAGGCAGAAAUUACGAGGUUCUUCCAGAAACCAAAGACUCCACAAGCCCCGAAGAUUCUGGCUGGCUCUUGUGGGAAGUUUGCUCCUUUUGAAAUUAAGGAGAACAUGGUCUUAGCUCCCCUCUGUCGUGUCGCCCCGGACCCAGACAUCCUGGAGCAGCUGGAUAAGCUCCUGCGUGCACAAAACAGCGACGUUUCUUUCUUGAGGGACCUAAAGUGUCGUAAACCGCGUAAAACUGGACCUACUUUUGUCAGUAGCAGCGCUGACAUAGUCAACAGCGACGUGGUGGUUGUGGAUAACUGCAAAACAGGCGCUGAUCCUGAAAGGGGGAAAUUCGGUAGAAUGAAAUUUCUGCAGUUUUGUGAGAAUCACCGCCCCGCGUACUGGGGCACGUGGAACAAGAAAACCACUAUGAUCCAUGCCAGGAAUCCUUGGUCGAAGGACAGUCUGCUGGACUACGAAGUAGAUAGUGAUGAAGAAUGGGAAGAGGAGGAACCUGGAGAAAGCCUCUCCCACAGUGAAGGGGAUGAUGAAGAGGAGGGAGAGGAUGAAGAUGAUGACGAUGGGUUUUUUGUACCCCAUGGGUACCUAUCUGAAGAUGAAGGAGUGACAGAAGAGUGCGAUCCAGAGAAUCAGAAAGUUCGUCAAAAGCUGAAAGCAAAGGAAUGGGAUGAGCUGAUGGCCAAGGGGAAGAGGUUCCACGUUCUACAGCCUGUGAAGAUCGGCUGUGUCUGGGAAAGCGCAGAACACGACAGCAGCGCCAACGCAGACCUGAAGGUUCUCCAGCAGUUCGCAGCGUGUGUCCUGGAUUCACCUGUUGCGGAGGAAGAACAGCAAACACAGAAAUGCAGUAAAAAAAGAGCGAAAGAUCAGCAAAUCCUUGGGCAGCUCCUGCCGCUGCUGCACGGCAACGUGAACGGGAGCAAAGUGAUCAUCCAGGAGUUCCAGGAGUGCUGCCGGCAGGGACUGUUCAGCGACAUGACAGCGGCUGCCGAUGGUGACACGAGCCCCACGAGCCCCCACGCGUCCCGGCCGCAGACGCCCGUGGGCGAGGAUGGCACCGUCCCUUCCAAAGCCAGGCUAAAGAGAAUAAUUUCCGAGAACUCUGUGUACGAGAAAAGGCCCGAAUAUCGCAUGUGCUGGUACGUCCACUCCGAGGUGCUGAAGAGUUUCGAUCAAGAGCAUCUCCCCGUCCCCUGCCAGUGGAACUACGUCACCCAGGUCCCUUCCUCGGGGAAGGAGGAGGCUGGCAGCGUGUUGGGAGCAGCUGCCCUGCAGACACCCCCCCCAGCAAAGAGGAAAUCCAGCGGGACCGUGUCCAUCACGAAAUUCAUGAAGAGACCUCGGGACACAGAGCAGGCUGAAGCUGCAGAGAUGGAUGGAUUUCAGGCAGACACUGAGGAAGAUGAGGAGGAUGACGACUGCAUGAUUGUGGAUGUACAGCCAGGCCAAGAUUCAACGUUGGCAGCUACCGAAACAGCCUCAGGAUCCAGCGGCACAAGAGGCGCCGCUCACCAGGACACCGGCUCCAUCAGCCCAUCUAAUCCAGUUUGAGACUUAAACGCCUACUAACUUCUCUGUAUGUAUGUAGAAUGAAUUAGAACGUUUUAAACCCUUGUGUAUCUUUGAACGAGAUACUUGAAAGUAUUCCAUAUUUCUUGUAAAGAGAAGACAGCACUUUGUUCUGCUUCAGACCACAUGGGAGCUUAAAGUUUUAGCUCUAGUUUUUAGCUUAAAAAAAAAAAUACUGCAUAUUAAUCUGUCCUUAAUAAAGCAUUAUUGAAAUUUUGAUACUUCUUUGUAAUGGAAGGUAUCUAAGUUAUCUCAAACUAGCGGAGGGAUUUUGAAAUAAGCUUAUUGUGAUGCCACUGGGGGAAUGACUCUGUUGAUAAUGUUGUAUAGCAUGGCCGUGGGUAUAAAUGAUGUACAAUUAUAUUUGAAUUUAUGCUAUCUGUA